UUAUAUGAAGGCUCAAGAUAACUCUUUUCGAUUACCUGCGUUAAAAUUAUAGCCUAGAGAAUAUAAAUUUAAUUUAAGCUAAGAAUCCAUAGAAUAAAACUAAAGCAAAGAAACAAUACAGUAGAAUGUUUUAAAUCAUUAUAAUCCUUCACCAAUUAGACAUAGGAAUAAAAUAAUGUCAGUUUCUGUUUACAACAGUUAAGAGAAGAUAAAACCAUCUAAUUAGGCUAAACAUUUCUAAAAUAGCGAAUUUAUCACUUGUCAAAAUACUAAUAAUAGUAUUUCUGUUGUCUAAACUGUUAGAAGAUAUAGAAGCAAACUAAAAAAACUUGUAUAACAUAAUUAAAAUAGAAGUGAAAUAAAUUCGAGAGAUCCUAGAUAUUUCUUUUUUAAAGAGCCUUCUGCUUCUAUAAAAUUGAAUAAUCUUCAAGAUAGUUCAAAGUAAGUAGAUAAACUAUUAGAAGAGAGAAUCAAAUAAUUAAUGACUAAAGUUUAAAUGCUUAUUUCUUCAUAAUCUUUUUAUUAACAAAAGAAAUAUUAAGCUCACCUGAAUGUUAAUCUUGUUAAAUUAUAGGAUGAAUAUGAUGUGUUAUUUUAAGAUUUCAACGAAUUCUAUUUUUCUUCCAAAAGGAUUGAUUGUAUUCAUAUAAUUCUAAUAAUUAGCAUAAAUUAAAAAUCUAUUGAACCAUAUGUAGAUUAUUAAAAAACUAUUAAGUCCACUACAAAAACCAUAUGGAUUAUGUUAAAAAUCAAGUUAAUCGUUACAUUAAAAUAUAUUUGAUUCAAUAUAAGAAGAUAUUAAAGAAUCAGCAACUCAAAGAAUAGAUAAUUCAUAAAUAAAUGGUAGAGUUGAAAUCAAUAAUUAUAAUGAAGAUAGUGAAAAUGAUGAUUUUGAUUAAGAAUAUUCAAAUUCAUCUGAAGAUAAUGAUGAAAAUCAAAAUGAUUAAACUACAAAAAAUUAAAAAUAAUAGUCAAAAAAAAAAAUAAAAAACUAAAAAUCUAAAGGUAGAAUAAAAUAAUAAGGUACUAUGGAUUCUGAUAAAACUAAAGAAAGUUAAGAUUAAGAAACUAUAAAAUUUGAUGAUUAAGGAAAUUAAAUAAUUUCACCAAAUAAAAGGAGAAGAAAGGUUUCUUAGAUUUCAAAUAAUGGUAAUAGUAAUGAAGAUCAAUAAGAAGAAAUAAAAGAUGGAGAAAAUUAGGAAAUUUCUGAAAAUUGUCAAAAAUAAAAAAAUUAAUAGAGUAAAAUAGCUAGUAGAAGAAGAACUGUACUUAAUGGAGAUGGAUCAACUUAAUCUGAUGAAGAAUAAAAUUCAGUUAAUAAUAAUAAUGAGAUGAUAAUUCAUGAAGAAGAAUUAAGCGAAAAUGAAUAAGAAUCUGAAGUUAGAAAUUUAAAGAGAAAUGAUAAAUUUACUAAAUAAUAAGUUGAAUUAGAUUAUAAGUUAAAUAGAGAUAUUUUAAUAUGUGAUUAAUAGGAUGAGUAUUAAGAAUAGGAAGGUUGCUAAUCUUUUCGUUAAGAAAGGUUCUUGAUUUAACAUCCAAAUCAUGAAAUGAAUAGCGUUUCAAUACUUGAUAGAUUUAUACGUUUAGAUAAUAUCUAUGAUUAUAAAUUUUUAUAAAGUUGGAAUUAUCAUAUAGCUAAAAUUAGAUAGGCUAAGUUUCUUGAUGAAUUUGAUAUUUGA